AUGGCCAACCCUAUCUGGCUGACCGUCCUGGUCUUAACCCUAGGCUUAACCCUACACGUCCAAGCCAAAGACGUCUUCGCCCACUUCAUACUAGACAACGGCGCCAACUUCACCCAAAAACACUGGAACCGAGACUUCACCGCCGCCAAAUCAGCCUCUAUCGACGCCUUCGCCCUCAACACCGGCUACGGACCCUCCAACACCUACGCCCUCCUCAACGACGCCUUCACCGUCGCCGCAACCCUCGACUUCAAACUCUUCCUCUCCCUCGACUACUCAGGCGACGGCCACUGGCCCCCCGACCAAGUCAUCAAAAUCCUCCAAAACUACACCUCCCACCCAGCGUACUACAAAAUCCCGGGAACCAAUAAAUCACUCAUUUCCACCUUCGAGGGCUAUGAAUCCCUCAACGACUGGACGAAUAUCAAACAGAAGGUACCGGAUUUGUUCCUCGUUCCGGAUUGGUCGGCCCAGUCGCCGGAAUCCCUAGUUAAGGAUAGUGUGGUGGAUGGAUUAUUGUCGUGGGAUGCGUGGCCGUAUGGUUCCGAUGCCAUGAAUACGUCGGCUGAUGAACGGUAUAUUUCCGCCCUGAAGCGCGCGGAUAAACCGUACAUUAUGCCCGUCUCGCCGUGGUUUUAUACCGAUAUGGUCCGGUAUCAUAAGAAUUGGGUAUGGCAGGGUGAUGACCUGUGGUCUGUGCGCUGGGAUCAGGUGUUGGAUUUGGAGCCGGAGUUUUUGGAGAUCCUCACGUGGAAUGAUUUCGGGGAGAGUCAUUAUAUUGGUCCUUUGCAUGAGAAUGAACUAGGGAUUUUUGAUUACGGACAGGCGCCGUUUAAUUAUGCGGCGGGGAUGGCGCAUGAUGGGUGGAGGGAUUUCUUGGAGUUUAGGAUCGGGGAGUAUAAGAAUGGGAGUGGGAAAGGGAGGAUUGGGAGUGAGGGCGUGGUGGUGUGGUAUCGGUUGACGCCGGGGUGGGCGUGUGAGGCGGGUCAGACGACGGGGAAUGCGGUUAGUCAGGGACAGAGGACGAUGCCUCCCGGGGAGGUGUUGACGGAUACGGUGUUUUUUGAGGCGUUGUUGGAGAGGGAUGCCACGGUGGAGGUUAGUAUUGGGGGGGGGAAUGCGUCGGUGGGGUGGAGUGGGACGCCGCAGGGGGGGAGGGGCGUUUAUUAUGGCCAUGUGCCCAUGGAUAAUCGGACGGGCGAGGUGGUGGUGACCCUGUCGAGGGAUGGGAGAUUUGUGGCUCAGAUGAAUGGGGAGAGUAUUACCACGAAGUGUCCGGAGAAGUUGACGAAUUGGAAUGCGUGGGUUGGGAGUGCGAUGGCGAAUGGGACGAAUGCUACGACGUCAAGGGCGUCGGUGGAGAAGUCAGGGGCUGUUGCAGUGUUGGUGUCGGGGGGGAGAAGGGGAGGUGUUCUAAAUACGGUAAUAUCUAAUAUAUUGGACUGGACUGAAUCAUGA